AUGGCCCCUUACAACCCCGGUGAUAUCGUGCUUUCGAAACUGGGAAGUUUCCCGCCCUGGCCGGCUAUCGUGUUUCCGGAAGAUGCGCUACCUCCUGAGGUGCUGAAGUCAAAGCCCAAGAAGGGCAGAACGUGGCCAGUGUGCUACUUUGCUGAGGCCACCUUCAACUGGGACUCGGAGCGUACGUUGAGUCCGUUAACGACCGAAAUGUGCCAUUCGUUCUUGAAAAAGUCGAGUGGGAAGAAAGCCAAGCGGUUGGUGAUGGCUUACGAAAUCGCACUCGAAAACCCUUCGUUGGACGAAAUAAUUGGAAGUCUGAAUAUUGAUGCUGAAGAGUCUUCGAAAGCGAAGCCAAAACAAGAACCUCAGAUCGUUGCAUCCAAUUCGCCCAGAAAGAAAAAAACAGAUUCUAAUAAGUCUAGCAAGUCUUCUACGCCUCAACCCAAACGAUCCUAUACCGAUGCCGAGAAGGAAACUCUGGCUAAAUCGUACCGUGCAAAGCUCCAAAAGGGAUUGGUGAUCCGUGAAACACAGCCUUCAAUUGAGGAGCUCCAACACUGUUCGAGUGUGCUGUCUCAUCUCGAAGAAUUUCAGGCCACCAUAGGCGUAUCUCUGGAAUUGCUCAAGACCUCCAAACUGCACAAGGUAUUGAAGGCUAUCAUCAAGAUCCCCAAACUCGAACGACCAGAAGACUUCCAGUUUCAUAAGAGAUGUGAAAAGCUGCUGUCAGAUUGGACGGAUCUGAUAUCUGCGAUUAAAAAUGAAAAGGUGCCUGAAUAUGGCAUCAAGCCAGAGGCUGCUGAGACUACCAGGUCUGAAAAAUAA